UUGAGGUUAUGUCACAUCAUUUAAUUUAAACCAGAUUUAAACAUUUAAAUAUGAGAAGUGUUUUUAUGGUGGCUGAAAAGCCCUCACUGGCGGCGUCCCUAGCGAGCAUAUUGAGCAACGGCUCCAACUCAACUCGCAAAGGCUCAAACGGUAUCUGUUCCGUGCACGAAUGGAACGGUACCUUUCAAGGAGCCCCAGCGAGGCUCAAAAUGACGUCAGUUUGCGGGCACGUCAUGGGGGUCGAUUUUAUAAGCAAAUACAAUAACUGGGACAGGGUUGAUCCAGUUGAGCUUUUUUCGUGUCCUAUUGAGAAAAAGGAAGCCACUCCAAAGUUUAAAAUGCCGGCUUUUUUGAGCCAUGAGGCCAAAGGGUGCGAUUAUUUGGUCUUGUGGCUUGAUUGCGAUAAAGAGGGCGAAAAUAUUUGCUUCGAAGUCAUGAAUUCGGUGGCGAGGAGCAUGAACGGAGAUGUUUAUUCGGACAAGGUGACGUUUAGGGCGCGCUUUUCGGCGAUUACUGAUAAGGACAUCAAAGCGGCGUUCAAUAAUUUAGCCCACCCUAAUGAGAACGAAGCCAGGAGUGUUGACGCCCGCCAAGAGCUGGAUUUACGAAUCGGUUGCGCAUUCACUCGCUUCCAGACAAAAUUUUUUCAAGGCCGUUAUGGCGAUUUAGACUCGUCUUUAAUUUCCUACGGCCCUUGUCAGACCCCAACUUUGGGUUUUUGUGUCCAAAGACACGACCAAAUCCAAACAUUUAAACCCGAAGCUUACUGGGUCAUCAAAGCCACUAUUGUGACAAAAGACGGCAACGAUGUCCAUUUGGAUUGGAAACGCGUCCGUUGUUUUGAUAAAGAAGUCGCAAACAUGUUUUUACAACAAAUCAAAGACCAGAAACACGCAAAAGUACUGAACGUUUCGUCAAAAGAGAAGGCGAAAAGCCGCCCAGUGGCCCUAAACACCGUGGAGUUGAUGCGUGUGGCGAGCUCCGGCCUGGGCAUGGGCCCCCAUCAUGCCAUGCAAAUCGCCGAAAAGUUGUACACUCAAGGGUACAUAAGUUACCCCCGGACUGAAACAACUCGCUACCCGGAAAAUUUCGAUUUGGUUGGCGUGCUUCGCCAGCAGCAAAACAGCACGGAAUGGGGGGACGAAGUCCGCGAAAUCUUGUCUCGGGGGGUUAACCGGCCCAAGCAGGGCCACGAUGCCGGGGACCACCCCCCGAUAACCCCCAUGAAAUCAGCCACUCGGAACGAAUUCGAUUCCGAUUCGUGGAAAUUGUACGAUUACAUUACGCGUCAUUUCAUCGGUACUUUGGCGCGGGAUUGCAAAUAUUUGAGUACCACUGCAACUAUUGCCAUAAACGAGGAGAUUUUUACCGUGACUGGGAAAACUCUCCUCGAUCCGGGUUUCACGAGUGUGAUGACUUGGCAAGCGUUGGAUAAGAACGAAAUUGUUCCGAAUUUGACCGAAAACGAGUCGGUACCUAUCAAAGAUAUGCGCUUGACGGAGCAUCAGACUUCACCUCCGGAUUAUUUAACCGAGGCUGAAUUGAUUACUUUGAUGGAAACGCACGGAAUUGGCACUGAUGCCUCUAUUCCGGUGCAUAUUAACAAUAUUUGUCAAAGAAAUUACGUGACUGUGACCGCGGGACGGAAAUUAAAACCGACCACUUUAGGCAUCGUCUUGGUACACGGGUACCAAAAGAUUGACGCUGAGUUGGUUUUGCCGACCAUGCGGUCGGCUGUUGAGGAACAGUUGAAUCUCAUUGCUUUAGGUAAAGCUAAUUUUCAAGCCGUUCUUAGGCACACGGUUGAGAUAUUUAAAUUGAAAUUUCAAUACUUUGUGAAAAAUAUUGACGGAAUGGAUCAGCUAUUUGAGGUUUCCUUCUCGCCCUUAAGUGCGUCAGGAAAGGCACAUUCGAGAUGCGGCAAAUGUCGCAGAUACAUGAAGUACAUUCAAGCCAAACCCCCGCGACUGCAUUGCCCACAAUGCGACGAGACUUACAGUUUGCCCCAAAACGGGACAAUAAAACUAUUCAAAGAACUCAAAUGCCCUCUCGACGACUUCGAACUGUUGUACUGGACAAUGGGCAACAAAGGCAAAAGUUUCGUUUUCUGCCCUUAUUGUUACAACCAUCCACCUUUCAAAGACAUGAAAAAAGGCAUGGGCUGCAACUCGUGUUCACACCCGACCUGCCCUUAUAGCUUCAACAGCAACGGCGUUUGCAGCUGCGUUGAGUGUGAUUCUGGCGUUUUAGUCCUUGACCCAUCGUCGGGCCCUAAAUGGAAACUCGGUUGUACCCGGUGUGACACCAUCUUAAAUCUCUUCGAUGACGCGCAAAAAUUGACCGUGUUGUCAGAGGUGUGCGACUGUGGGGCCCAGCUAAUCAACAUUGAGUAUAAACCAGAAAAAAGCAAGUUGCCGAAUGGAGUUGCGGAGAUGAAAGGCUGCGUUUUUUGCACUACUGAGUUUGGCCGACUUGUUGAUAAGCCCAAGACUGCGGUCAGCUCGAGGCCUCGGCCGUUUAGGGGUGGGAAGGCCCCCAGUAGAGGCAGGGGCAGAGGGCGGCCCAAACCUAAGGAUAAGAUGGCCCAACUUGCCGCCUAUUUUGUAUAAUUCGUUAAAAAAUAAACGAUUUUGGCGCAA